UGAGGAGUCUUUUUUAUUUCUCCACAGUUUAAACCCUUUAAAAAGAAGCUGUCCAAAACGAGGAAUCUUUCCCUGAAUUCCUUUUCAUUCCCAAAACUGGAAAAAGAGGCAGCAGGGAGAUGGCGUGGGCUGGGAAUUGGGAGAUUUUGGGGUGGAAACGAGAAGAUUUGGGGCUGGAACUGGGAAGAUUUCAGGAUGGAAACAGGAAGAUUUUGGGAUGGAAUUGGGAGAUUUUGGGCUGGGAAUGGGAAGAUUUUGGAUUGGGAGUUGGGAGAUUUUGGCCUGGGAAUGGGAAGAUUUCAGUUUGGAACUGGGAAGAUUUGGGACUGGAAACAAGAAGAUUUUGGGACUGGAAUGUGAAGAUUUGGGGUUGGAAACAAGAAGAUUUCAGGCUAGAACUGGGAAGAUUUUUGGUUAGGAACGGGAAGAUUUCAGGAUGGAAACAGGAAUAUUUGGGGCUGGGAAUGGGAAGAUUUUGGAUUGGGAACAAGAAGAUUUCAGUUCUCUGGGCACACCUGCCUUGUAGUUUGGCUCUGUCAGUUUUGGGGGCUGUGCCGGAAUUCAGAAACACACCUGGGAAAUCCAGGAAUGCUCACUGGGAUUCCGCUCAGGAAGCAAACAAAGCCCAAACCACGGUGGAGAAGCUGUCACACUGGCAGCAAUCCCAUAUUCCCUAGGUGAGGUGGGAUAAUUUUUUUUUGGCGGGGGGGACAAUGUUCUGAUCCCUUUCCUGCCGUGUCCCCACAGCUCGAGGGACAGCAUGGCUGCCACUGCUGCUGUCAGCCCCAGUGAAUACCUGCAGCCUGCCACCUCUGCCUCCCAGGUGAGUCCAGUCCCUCCUCAGGGCUUUUCCCAGGAUUCAGGAGGAGCCAGGAGAGAAGGACAAAGCUGGAAUCACUCCAGGGUGGCUCAUUCCCAAUCCUGACCCCGGUGUUUGUUCCUCCUCCCCGAGGAUUUCAGAUGUUCACGUCUCGGGGUGGGUUUGGGAUUUGAGCUGCUUGUGAUGUUCCAAAGAUGAAUCUUGGGAAGUUUUCGGGAUAUCCAUGGGUUUAGGGUGGUUUUAAGGACAUGAGGAUGGGAUUUAAAAGGUGAUGGCGCCGCUGCUAAAAGCUGAGGAAUUAAGAGGAAUUCCUUCACAGAAAAAUUAGGAAUUAGGGAUGAGCUGCCCAGAAAUGUGGUGGAGUCACCUGGGGGUGUUUAAGGAAAGACUGGACAGGCUUAAACCCUUUAAAAAGAAACUGUUCAAAGCCAGGAAUCUUUCCCUGAAUUCCUUUUCAUUCCCAAAGCUGGAAAAAGAGGCAUCAGGGAGAUGGCAUGGGCUGGGAACUGGGAGGUUUUGGGCUGGGAAUUAGGAAGAUUUUUGGGUGGAACUGGGAAGAUUUGGGCCCUCACUGUCAUGCUCAGGGUGACAAAAGUGUCCCCAGGCUAGGACAGGACAAUCUCAAAGAUCCUUCCCAACCUCAGUUAUUGGGGAAUUCUGCCAUCAUGUAAAGACACACACAGGUAAUUAAGCAGCUCCCUUAAUGAGGAGCAUCUCAUUAGCUGUUCAUUGAGGUGCUUGGCAUUGGAAGAAUGGAGCUGUGUGUGUGGAUGUGCCUCUCCUGGUUUUGGGAAUUUGGGAGAGUUCCUCAUUCCCAGGGGAUGCAGGAGAUGUUCCAUCCCUGGGAUGGGGUUCUGGAAUGGGAUCCAGGGGAGAUGUUCCAGCCCCAGGAUGUGGAUCUGGAAUGCUGCCCUGUCUCCCCAGGACUCCCAGCCCUCUCCCCUGGCCCUGCUGGCAGCCACAUGUAGCAAGAUCGGUCCCCCCGCCGUGGAAGCUGCCGUGACGCCGCCAGCCCCUCCCCAGCCCACACCUCGCAAACUGGUGCCCAUCAAACCUGCCCCGCUGCCCCUGGGCUCGGCCAAGAACAGCAUCGGCAUCCUGUCCUCCAAAGGGAACGUCUUCCAGAUCCAGGGUUCCCAGGUGGGCACCUCCUACCCCGGGGGGCAGCUGGUUUUUGCCAUCCAGAACCCGGCCGUGCUCAACAAAGGCUCGCGCUCCUCGUCUUCGUCGUCGUCCUCUUCCUCCUCCAACAUCCAGUACCAGGCGGUGCCACAGCUGCAGCCCGGCGGGGCUCAGACCAUCCAGGUGCAGCCCAACCAGAUCCAGAUCAUCCCAGGCACCAACCAAGCCAUCCUCACUCCCUCCUCCUCCUCCUCCUCAUCCUCACACAAACCCGUGCCCAUCAAACCCGCCCCGGCGCAGAAAACCGGAGCGGCAUCGGCGACGAGCGGUGUGGUCAAAAUACCUGGGGGUGGCAACGUCACCUUAACCCUGCCCGUCAACAACCUGGUGAGCCCUGAGGCGAGUGGCCAGACCCAGCUGCUCACGGACAGCCCCUCAAAACCAGGUAAAAAACCUCGGAAAAAGGCCAUGUCCCCAGCCCAGCCGGCCGCAGUGGCCGUGACCGAGCAGGUGGAGACGGUGCUGAUCGAGACCACGGCGGAGAACAUCAUCCAGGCUGGGAACAACCUGCUGAUUGUGCAGAGCCCUGGCUCGGGGCAGCCAGCAGUGGUGCAGCAGGUGCAGGUGGUGCAGCCCAAGCAGGAGUCUCAGGUGGUGCAGAUCCCUCAGCAGGCGCUGCGGGUGGUGCAGGCAGCCUCGGCCACGUUGCCCACCGUGCCGCAGAAAUCAUCCCAGAACUUCCAGAUCCAGGCGGCUGAACCCACUCCCACCCAGAUCUACUUCAAGGGCCCCUCUGGCGAGCUGCAGACCGUGCUGCUCCAGGAGGCUUCGUCCCUGCCCGUGCCAGUACCUCCAUCCUCGGGGACAUCCUGUGGCAGUCCCGUGUCCCGCAGCCCCGGGCCUGGGGCCGGCCUCACCCGCAAGCCAGCCCCACGCAAGGAGCGGCCGCUUCCCAAAAUUGCCCCGGCCGGGGGAAUCCUGAGCUUGAAUGCAGCACAGCUGGCAGCAGCUGCCCAGGCCAUGCAGACCAUCAACAUCAACGGUGUCCAGGUGCAGGGGGUCCCCGUCACCAUCACCAACACCGGAGGCCAGCAGCAGCUGACGGUGCAGAACGUGUCCGGCAACAACGUGACCAUCAGCGGGCUGAGCCCCACCCAGAUCCAGCUGCAGAUGGAGCAGGCGUUAUCUGGGGACGUCCAGCCCGGCGAGAAGAGGAGGAGGAUGGCCUGCACCUGCCCCAACUGCAAGGACGGCGACAAGCGGCCGGGUGAUCCUGGGAAGAAGAAGCACAUCUGCCACAUCCCCGAGUGCGGCCGGACGUUCCGGAAGACGUCUCUGCUGCGGGCGCACGUGCGGCUGCACACGGGGGAGAGACCCUUCGUGUGCAACUGGGUGUUCUGUGGCAAGCGCUUCACGCGCUCCGACGAGCUGCAGCGGCACGCGCGCACCCACACAGGUGACAAACGCUUCGAGUGCGCGCAGUGCCAGAAACGCUUCAUGCGCUCCGACCACCUGACCAAGCACUACAAAACCCACCUGGUCACCAAGAAUUUGUAGGGUCGGGAGAAACACAGCUUCCCUCCCUUCCUA